CUGACGUCACAAAAGCCCAGCCUGGAGCCAGGCAGGCUGGUGUGGGUGGCACGGAGUCCAGGGCUGCGCGGGGCCAUGGGCUGCUGCCAAGACAAGGACUUUCAGACCUCUGAUGAGCAGGCCAAGGACUGCGACUAUGAGGACGGCGCCAGAGAUAAUGACAAGGACUCGCCUGACCACCGGAAUAAUAAUAAGUCAAACGAAAGCCUUCUGAUCACCGUGCUGUGGCGGCGGCUAUCAUUGUUCAGUCGUCGGGGCUCUUCGCGACCAUCAGGCAAGAAGCAGUCAGAGCAGGUUCCUAAGCGCGGGAGUACGAUCCACGUGGGCGCCCAGGAGGAGACCCAGGAGGAGCCGGAGAAGGGGUGACCCCAGCUCAGCUCUCAGUCUGCCCCAGCCUCCAGAGAAUAAAAUUUCUAACGUGGACCUGCACGAAUACUUGUGCCUCUACUGCCCGUUCUCGGCGUUUCGGGAGCGGACACCUCUGGGCUGCGGGCUCUUUAAGGCCUGAGGUGGGCUCUACCCCAAGGGCUCUGGUUGCAGUUCCUCAGGGUUGGGGGUUACGGUGAUGGCCUAGCCAAUGGGAGAGUGGAACCGCUCUUGCGUUUGGUAGGGUAGGCGUGGCUCUCGGGUAGCUGGGCUUGAAAAGGUGUGGUACCGCCCCCUCGUCACCGGGGGUGGGGCUACGUGUGGGUGACGUGGCGGCUUCCAGUCUUUGGUCCGGUUUCGGUGGCUUCGGCCCUCAGUUAGGAGGCUGUGACGGCCCAGGAGACUGUGGCAGUGGCGACGGCGGCAGGCUGUAGAAAGGAGUGUGUCCAUCCCGGGAGGUCCGUCACCGUUUUCUCCCUGAGGGGUCGGAGGAACCCACGGAUGCGAAAGGGCCAGGUUAGGGCCUGGGGCAGUUGCACAGCUGGGGCUGGAGUCUGAGGACCACGGGACCUGGCUCUGAGUCUGUCUUUGCUUCAGGGUCCCCGGGCCCGCGCUCUGGCCGCCAGAGCCAAGUUGGAAGAAGUCUGAGGAGGGUUCGACUUGGGCCAGGGAGGAAGCGGGGCCCUUUCUGCUGUGGGGCCUGCCCCAGGAUCUGCGAGUGCCUUGGGCGUGAAAGAACUCACCAAGUGAAAGGGCCCGAGGAUUUUGCUGGUUAGCGGGAGUUUGUGGGGAAGGAAGCUACCUGGGGAAUGACACUCUCCCCUCCACAACAGUCCGAGGUUAUGCGUCUCAAUGAUCCCGCGGAAACGCUACGGGUCUAAGAACACGGAUCAGGGUGUCUACCUGGGUCUCUCAAAGACACAGGUCCUAUCCCCUGCAACUGCUGGCAGUAGCAGCAGCGACAUCGCCCCUCUGCCCCCCUCUGUGGCCCUGGUCCCUCCCCCUCCGGACACCAUGUCCUGCCGGGAUCGGACCCAGGAGUUCCUGUCUGCCUGCAAGUCGCUGCAGAGCCGUCAGAAUGGAAUCCAAACCAAUAAACCUGCUCUGCGUGCGGUCCGGCAGCGCAGUGAAUUCACUGUCAUGGCUAAGCACAUUGGCAAAGACCUUAGCAACACAUUUGCCAAGCUGGAGAAGCUGACAAUCUUGGCAAAGCGCAAGUCCCUCUUUGAUGAUAAAGCAGUGGAAAUUGAAGAGCUAACAUAUAUCAUCAAACAGGACAUCAAUAGCCUCAACAAACAAAUUGCUCAACUUCAGGAUUUUGUGAGAGCCAAGGGCAGCCAGAGUGGCCGGCACCUGCAAACACAUUCCAACACCAUUGUGGUCUCUUUGCAGUCAAAACUGGCUUCCAUGUCCAAUGACUUCAAAUCAGUUUUAGAAGUGAGGACAGAGAACCUGAAGCAGCAAAGGAGUCGGAGGGAGCAGUUCUCUCGGGCACCUGUAUCAGCCCUGCCCCUUGCUCCCAACCACCUGGGGGGUGGUGCCGUGGUUUUGGGGGCAGAGUCCCGAACCUCCAGGGAUGUGGCCAUUGACAUGAUGGAUUCUCGGACCAGCCAGCAGCUGCAGCUCAUUGAUGAACAGGAUUCCUACAUUCAGAGUCGUGCAGACACCAUGCAAAACAUUGAGUCUACAAUUGUUGAGCUGGGCUCCAUCUUUCAACAGUUGGCACACAUGGUUAAGGAACAGGAAGAAACCAUUCAGAGGAUCGACGAGAACGUGCUAGGAGCCCAGCUGGAUGUUGAGGCCGCCCAUUCAGAGAUCCUCAAGUACUUCCAGUCAGUCACCUCCAACCGGUGGCUCAUGGUCAAAAUCUUCCUCAUCCUCAUUGUCUUCUUCAUCAUUUUUGUGGUCUUCCUUGCCUGAACCCUAUUCACUCUGAGGCACUCCAUGGGGGUUUGGAGUCUCCUGGAAAGGCAGGUGGCCAGUGCUGCCACUGAGCCUAUGCAGGGUACUUGGGAGAAAGGCCCUGUUUCCCUGGAACUGCUAGGAAUGGCCACUGCCCCAAUCUCCCACUCCUUGCCUCUGGCCACCCUGUCCUCCCUCACUACCCUCAGGCCCAUGAAACACACAAGAGUUCUGGAUUUCAACUCUUCUAUGAAGUGGCUGGAAGAGAGCAGAGGCCAGCUGGGGACUAGUAGGGGAGGUUGUCUCCACUAGGAAAUUACUAUAAAUCCUCCCAGCCUGUCCGGAAGGAAACUUCGGCAGCAAGGGGAAAUGAUGCCCUUUCCCCCUUCCUUUGAGUGAGGAGAGGAAGCAAAACUGUCCCAGGGACCAACUUUCCCAUCUGGGUUAUAACUUGACCUCUUUUAUUCUUCCUCUCUUUACCAUGUGAGGCAGGGGGCCCUGAGCCCUUCAGCUGCUGCCUAUACAACCCUUGACACUGGCUGCUGGUGACUCAAUCUGCCAAAUGUGCUGCAGCCCAUUUUCUCCCAAUUACAGCAAGACUGUCAGCCUC